GCCUAUCGGAUGAUGAAUCCACAGGUCCAAACAUAUCGCAAAAAUUAGCUGAUAUAGCAUUAAAACGUUGGGGCAAACAACUCAACCCUGAAAAAUUGAAGAGUAUACUAGAGAAAUAUACUCGUCCUGAAAACUGUCCGGGUAUGACAUGCAAAAAAGUUAACCCGGAAAUAUGGCAGUUGUUGGGUUCGAAGAGCAAGAGAACAGAUAUUCAACUGUAUAAUUUACAGCAAUCAGUUCUCAAAGCAACAUUUGCAGCUUUACAAACAACAAAUAUGUUAGUGGAAACUCCUAACAGGGAUAACUCCCAGUUGUUGGCAAGUUUAGUAGAUACGGUAGCCAUUUUAGCACAUACCCACACUAACUUGUCUCUGGUCAGGAAAGAACAAAUAAAGCCUGCCCUUAAACAGGAAUACUCGGCAAUAUGUUCACUGGAAGACCAGCCAAACAGUAAACUGCUGUUUGGGAAUGAUUUGGCAAAAAAUUUAAAGGAUGCCAAAGAGGCUAGUUCCCUCAGUUCUUCCAUGAAAAGUUAUCCCCCCAAGCAGUACAAUUACUCUGCAAACAAAAAACCUGCCUUGAAAAAUAAGCAGGAUUUUUGGCAGGGCCAACGCAAGAACAAUCAAAAGAAAAAACCCUGGAGGGGGGGACGAGAGAAGAAGUGACAGAACUUCUCAAACAAAUCCGAAACUCGGUAAGUGAAUUUGAAAAAUAUAUACCUGUUAUUCUGACAUAUUUACAGAAUUUAUGCACUAGCUUUAAGGCUGGUCGAGUGGCUGAGCAUUUUACAGCCUGGACUAAAAUAACUCAGGACAGCGAAAUUUUAUCAAAUAUAACAGGCGUUGUAAUUGAAUGCACUGAGACACCUGUGCAACUUAACCUACCAGGUCAAAAGUUUCACCCACAUGAAUACCAAAUACUUGAUGCAGAAAUAUCAAAGUUAGUUGGUAAAGGGGUAGUAAACAAAGUACAACCUGAAACAACACAAUUUAUUUCUAGCAUAUUUUUGAGACCAAAACCUGAUGGGUCACACCGUCUCAUUCUAAAUUUGAAAAAGUUUAACGAAACAGUAGUAUAUCAUCAUUUUAAGAUGGAUUCUAUUUAUGAUAUAACUAAACUAGUUACAAAGGACUGCUUUAUGGCAUCUUUGGAUUUAAAGGAUGCAUAUUACUCAAUACCCAUCAAAGCAUCAGACCGAAAAUAUUUACGUUUCAUCUGGAAAGAAGAAAUUUACCAGUUUACAUGUUUGCCCAAUGGGCUUUCAUGUGCACCUAGGGUAUUUACAAAAAUAUUGAAACCUGCAUUAGCAACUUUACACUCUAUGGGCCACAUUUCUGUGGCACAUAUUGAUGAUUGUUACCUACAAGGUCAGACUUAUGACAAAUGUGUUGUCAAUGUCCUUGAUACAUUCAUGUUGCUUGACAAUUUAGGGUUUGUGAUACACCCCAUUAAAUCAAUUCUUAAACCCUCGCAGCAAAUUAUCACUCUGGGAUUUCUUAUCAACUCAUUGACAUGACCAUACGGUUGACUAGCGAUAAAGCUAUUGAUUUAAAAAAGGCUUGUAAAGCUUUAAGGACGGCCUCCAAACCACAAACAAUACGAGAGGUUGCGAGAAUUAUUGGUAAAAUAGUGGCAAGCUUCCCGGGGGUUAUGUACGGACCCUUGUACUACAGGGAGUUGGAUAAAGAUAAAACCCAGGCCCUAAAAGAAGCAAAAGGGGAUUUUGAUGUGACAAUGACACUAUCACAGGGUGCAAAAACGGAAUUGCACUGGUGGGAGUGUCAUGUGGAAAACUCCUUUCAGAAAUUAACACAUGAGGAGCCACAACACAAAAUCACUACUGAUGCCUCCCUCUCGGGAUGGGGGGCGGAGUACCAAGAUAUAUCUACAGGGGGAAUGUGGACUAAGUCUGAAGCUACAAAUCAUAUUAACUAUCUGGAAAUGUUAGCCAUCUUUCUGGGCCUACAGACAUUUGCAAAAAAUCUGAAUAACACACACAUAAGAAUAAUGUGUGAUAAUACCACUGCGGUUAAUGUUAUAAAUCACAUGGGUACAAGUCACUCUGACAUUUGCAAUAAUAUGGCAAAGCAAAUUUGGGAGUGGUGUAUAGAUAAAAACAUAUGGCUCACCGUAGCCCACAUCCCGGGAAAACAAAAUUUGGUGGCGGAUUAUGAAUCAAGGCGACAUCAAAGGGAAUCUGAAUGGAUGUUAAAUAAGGCAUUGCUUUCAGAUACCUUGGUUAAGCUUAACUUUAGCCCAGAGAUCGACUUAUUUGCAACUCGGGUAAACAAGCAAUUCCCAAAAUAUGUUGCAUACCGACCAGACCCAAAUGCUUGUGCAAUAGAUGCAUUCACCUUAUCAUGGGCGAACUUAAAAUUUUACGCCUUCCCACCAUUUAGUGUCAUUGGAGCUAUGCUGGCAAAGAUCCAAAAAGAGGGAGGUCAGGGAAUAUGUGUGUUGCCGAACUGGCCAACCCAGAGCUGGUAUGCAAAAGCGUUUCACAUGAUGACACAGGAGCCAGUUUACAUCAAAGCCAGCAAAAGUCUUCUCAGCCUACCAAGUCAUCCACAGGAGGUACAUCCAAUUUGGCAAAAAAUGAACCUUAUAAUCUGCCUCUUGUCCGGGAGAAACUAGAAAGAUACGAUUUAUCGGCUGACGCAAAAGAGAUAAUUAUGGCUUCGUGGAGACCAGGUACAUCAAAACAGUACAAAACAUACUUAGAUAAAUGGCAGGUUUAUUGCAAGGAACGGCAAAUUGAUGUAAUUAAACCAGGCUUGGAGAAUGGCAUUGAGUUUCUUGUUUCACUGUACCAUUUAGGUAUAGGUUACAGUGCCAUAAACACUGCUCGUUCAGCGCUUUCUAACUUACUUAUAUUAGACGAGGGCGUUAAAUUUGGGGAACACCCCCUAGUUAUUCGCUACAUGAAAGGCAUAUUUGAAAUACGGCCAGCCUUACCCAAAUAUUCAGAGAUAUGGGAUGUUAUUGUUGUCUUAAAUUAUUUAAAGACGUUGGAGCAAGUUGCCUCCUUACCACUCAAGGAACUCACAUUAAAACUAACUACACUACUUUGCCUCACCACUGGACAACGAGGACAGACAAUACAUAAAAUGGAUGUCAAUGGGAUUCAAGCGUUACCAGACAGAUACAGAAUCAUCAUUAACGACAAGUUGAAGCAUACAAAACCAGGAAAACACUUGGCACCAAUUGACCUACUGGCAUUUCCAGAGGAGGAAAAGCUGUGUGUUGUCAAGACGUUGGAGGCAUAUUUGCAGAGAACCGAACAGCAUAGAACCCAAUACUCUCAACUAUUACUGAGCUACAUCAAACCCUUUAAGCCAGUCUCGAAAGACACAAUCGCGCGUUGGGUCAAACUUGUUCUCAGAUCAGCUGGAAUUGAUGUCAAAAAAUAUUCUGCUCAUAGUUGCUGCGCAGCAUCAACAUCAAGUUGCAAGGCUAAAGGUCUUACCAUGAAGGCAAUAAUGGAGGCGGCAGGCUGGUCGAAUGCUGGGACAUUUGCAACCUUUUAUGAAAAACCAGUGGAUAUUGUUAGCCAAAACUUUGGUAGUGUAUUGUUAAAACAGUGAGCAUAAAAAUGUCUAUUUCUUGGUUGAUAUUGUUUAAUUAAAGUUCAUUGAAAUUUAUUACAUUGUUCAAUGGGCUUGAUAGUUCGUAGCACAGGACUUUGAAAUCUCAUGGGACUCCUUCGUGACAGGGACUGAUGACAAGAUAGAAUUACAAAAUUAAACGAAACUUACCUGGAAGUUGAAGUUUGAUUGGGAUUCUAUCUUGGUCAUCAGUCCGGAACGAAGGAGUAACAUGCCCUAAAUACCCACCCUUCCCAUAUUUGUUAUUAAAUCUCCUGCACUACUCACGUUGAAUACUGAUCAGCAAUGCGCAUGCGCAUCUCAUGUUACUCCUUCGUUCCGGACUGAUGACCAAGAUAGAAUCCCAAUCAAACUUCAACUUCCAGGUAAGUUUCGUUUAAUUUUGUAAUUAAGCAUGCAAAUAGCUGAUUUUUCGGGAAAAUUGUAACUUUGCGUGAAUAGUUAAGGGGCUUAAACUAAACCAAAUUGUCUGAAAUUUUGGACAGUAAUUAAAAUCCCGACAAAUUUUUCAUCUGUUAACUCAAAAUAUGAUUGCAGCUUUUAAAUUUUGUGCGCGAGCCAUUUUUAGUUUGUUGGAAAAGAGACACCCCCCUGGUUCACAAAAUUUAAGUUCGAGAAAUUUUUUUCAUUAUUUUACAUUAUAAGUACCCAAAGAAGCUAUUUUUAUAAAAAAACAGCUACAAAUAGCUGUUUUGCGAAAUUGAGAGCAAUUUUAAAUCUGUUCAGUUUUUUUUGAUACACCCUGUAUAGCUUCAGAUUUAAAUUAAUCUAACAUUUCAUUUGUUUUAAUAUUUUUUUCUUUCCUUCUAUUUUAGGUAUGCCUAAAGAAAACUUUUACUCAUGUUACACAUUGUUGAACUUUAUCCGUUACAUAUUGAUGCAUGCAUGAUAUUUGUACUUUAAUUUUAAUGUUCGAUAAUGUGGCCCGCAAUAUGCCUAAGUUAAGGUCACAAAGGCCACAAUUGCAAUCAUGAUAGUUUAAUAUUUAUUAUAAUGAAUUGAUGACAAUAUUGACUUACGGACUGAAUGAAGAUACCAUUGUAACUAUAUAUUCAAUAAAUAUGAAUAAUAUAAAACAUUCACUUUGUUUAUUUUUGAUCAAAUGAAGUACUACGUUUUGGGGAUGCCCAUAUACAUUAGUCGGAACCUAGAAUGUACUGUAUCUUAUAUUAAUUUGUACUCAAGUGGUCCAGAGAACAACUAAUCCAUGCAUGCUCGCGAUCGUAGCAAAAUAAAAGCCAAUUUUCAAUAACACCUGCGAAUUAUACCUGUGACGAUAUCGAGAUAUAUGUACUCAGUAUUUAAAAUUACUGGCCUAUUGAAAAGUACGUAAUUAAUUUCACUAAAUUUGCAAAUAUCGAUAAAAAUAUAUAUGGCAAACGAAUAUGCAUAUGUUAAAUUGGCAAGAAUUUGGCAGCAAAUUCGCAUUUACUGCAAAUAAUAAAAUGAACCAAUAAUCGCAUCAUAUGCGAUUAUUUUGCGAUCUCUAUAUUCGCCCAAAAUUCGCCACAAAUUCGCAUUACCUGCAAAUAUAAAAAACGACACCAUCUUUGCAUCAAAUUUGCAAUGCGUGGCAUCGCGGUAUUUGCAAUCCGGCACAUGGUGCAAAGUCGAAGUCAAUUUAUAACUUUGCAUAUGUGCAAAUGUGGUCGAAGAUGUGCGAUUUUAUAAUUCGCUUCAAAUUUGCACAUACAUUUGCACAUAUGCAAAUCUAAUUUUUCAUCCCGUGAAUGAGUCCCCCAUGUGGGCCAUGUACAGGGGUUGGAAAAAGUAUCAGACCACAGGACCAAAAAUUUAGACAAAAGGAAAAAUUAAUUCAGAGGGGAAAUUGUAACCAAUAGAAAGAAUGUUACUUGUUCUGUAGGAAUGAGCUCAAAAAUGCAACUAUAAGUACAUCCAUCUUCAUUCAUAGUGUGAUGUAGUGUAUAUUAAAUGUAUAGGUUAUAGAGUGACAUAACAAAUGUUGCAUGGGAUAUUCAUUAUUAGCCAAUCUGGGGCACUUGAUUUUUUCAUAAUAUUCUGGGCAUUGUCCCCUUCAUAGCUGCUCUUUGUGUUGAGAUUUCUCCCCAUGAGUGGCUGCUCACUUGAGCACACCAUUCUAUAAAGAUGCUGUCAGCUCCAGAUGCAUGAAGCAGGUCCUUGGGUCUCCCAUGUAUAUGGGGUGGAAAAAGUAUCAGACCACGGGACCAAAAAUUUAGACAAAAGGAGAAAUUCAGAGGGAAAUUUGUAGGAAUAAGCUCAAAAAUGCAACUAUAAGUGCAUCCAUCUUCAAUCAUAGUGUGAUCGUGUAUAAAUGUAUAGAUUAUAGAGUGACAUAACAAAUGUUGCAUUGGAUAUUCAUUUUUAUAGCCAAUCUGGUUCACUUGAUUUUUUCAAAAUAUUUCAUUAAAAGGGUACUUGACAGAGAUGAAUGGUUAUCACUGUUUCAAUUUUACAGGAAAACUUUCUUACCAAGAAUAGACCCUGAACAACCAAAAAAUGUCAAAUUUUUACUUUGAUCUAUCAUUGAAACUUCAAGGGGAGGUGCAUAUGACGUUUUAGGAGAGGUGCAAAAAUUCUCAGGGGAGGUGCAAAACUAUUUCAGGGAAGGUGCUCACCUCAAAAUCCGGCUAUGGAAAGCGGAUUUACAAUGCACAGAAUUAUGUCAAUGUGAAAAUAUGGAAAGCAGAGAACUUUUGUGAUAUUGAUAUAUGAGACAAAAGGAAUGGAAUGUUGUGCUCAAAUGAGCAACUCUUCAUGGGGAGGAUCCUUGACACAAAGAGCAGCUAUAUAAAGGAGGCAAUGCUCCCCAAAAUAUUUUGAAAAUCAAGUGCCCCAGACUGGCCAAAAAUACAUUUGCCACGCAACAUUUGUGACAUACACAUACAGUAAUUCUCUAAUCUAUACAUUUAUAUACUAUCACACUAUCAGUGAAAAUUGAUGCAUUUCUUAGCUCAUUCCUACAGAACAGGUAACAUCCUUUCUAUUGGUUUUUGAUAUUUUUUCCACCCAUGUACCAGACAGACAACAGCAUCUUUAUAAAAUUUGUUGGCUUUGAUCGUGAAGAGGCAGUGGAUUGUGGUGAUUGACUUUUGUGGUGAUUGACUUGGUUUUACACGAAAAGAAAAAUAGUGAGUAGUCUGCUUUGAAUAUUGUUUAUUAGUGUUUGAUACUAUAAAAUUGAAGUUUCUUUAAUUUGUUCUUCAUUACACGCCAUAUUAAAAGAUGAAAUUGUCUGCACUUUAAAAGUUCAUAAUCUUGAAAGAAUGUUUGGUGUUGCUAGGUAUCUACAAAGCCAGAAAAUAUGUUCUGUCGCAAUUACAUCAAAUCUGAAUCCACAUAUCUCAAGAUUAGGCGGAAGUGACCUAUCCUGUAUAACUUUCACUAUGGCGCGCGAGUGAAUGCUUCCGAAAGUACGCAUUUUAAGUUGUGGCACAUAGUAAAAGUGUUAUUGCGAAACUCGUAAAGUUUAACAUUUUUAUCACAAUUUACAAAAAAACUGCAGGGUUUAUGGACAAGAACUUUUUGAAUUGGAUUCAGCGUGUUUAAAUCUUAUUUUUAGCUUAGCGAGUUGUACAGUGAAACUAAACGUUUGAGGGCACUAGCUCACGGCCUAUGACUGCAGGAGAACGUUUCGCAGUGAAAAGCAAUGACUGUCGUGACUGAUAUAUGAUAGUUAAAAAUUUGCUGCCAGUUGAUGGUAACAGUACCUUAGAUAGGAAGUGAAUGACGUCAGUAGCGUAGCCAGGGUUUACAACUGUAAUACCACUGACGUAAUACAAACAAGAUGCAUGAAAGAGUUUGUGAUGUAUAAUAAGAUGCGCGUGUGUAAAAAAACGCGUGUGUAAAUAUAAACAGAUUUUUUGUUGCUUAAAAAUACUGCAGUAUCGUUUAAAAUACUUCAUGUUGUUGUAUGUAUAGUAGUGACGAAUUUUACGAAUGCAUAGAAACUUGUAAAAGAGGUGCAUGUCAUUCGCCAAUCAGCGGCAAGUGCGCGCCUAAACCUUCCUGUUAGAUCGAUUAUCUCAUUGGAUCUAUCAGUCAUGAGUGUGUGUUGGGAUAUCCUGAUGAGGAUAGACAUGUUUCUAGGAGUUUCAUGUGAGCUAAAAUAACAAAAUUUGAGGCUCUAUAUAGCGUUGCCCACUUACAGUUACAGAGUAGAAUUUAUACUUUAUAGCUCAAUAUGUUUGUAUCGUAACAAAUAAACAUAGUCAUUCUGAUUCGCGACAUUCGUGACAGGGCUAUAACACUUCCAAACAAUUCAUCUAUACGAAACGGAAUCUUUUACUUCCUAUGCACCAGCCAAGUUUUGCGGGAAACCUGGGAAAGACCGCCUGCCAUGCAGGCUAAGUGGAAAACUGGCCUGAAGAGUAUGUUUGUAAACAGAUAAAUACAGGACAAUUUAACGUAACAAAUAUCCAUGGCCAGUAAUACAAUAAAAUGCUUUUUUUUGUUUCUUGCUGUUGUCCUUAUAUAGACUAACAGGGUCUUAAUAGGAAUGUAUAUAUCCGCAUAUGACAGGCCUUAAAAUAUCUUUUACAGGGCGUCUGACAAAAUGUCCGGUGACGUUGAAUUUGGGUCGGACAUAUGUCCGAUGACCUUCGAAUUCAGUUCAGUUUUGACUCGGAAAUAAGUCUGAAUGACACAAAUGAAUAAAUGGUAAAUGUUGUAAAGAUAUUAAAUAAUUUGUUCCUUUCAUACUUAUUUCCAAGCCAAAAUUAACUUGCUUUCCAGAACAGCAGUAUUAAAAAAAGACUUCGACAACUUAAGCCCGUUUUCCACUUCACCAUUUCGCUCGCCGCCCCACGCUCGACUACGUUAAUUAAAACAACAUUUCCAGUUCACCUUUUAUACAAUAGUAUACUCUGAUUUCCAUUUAACAUACAAGCCUCUAGUCCUGGGCUAGGGUACAUUUUGAUUGACGUCGGACAAAGCUACAGUUCGGUCGCACACCAAUACACUCGGGUCGGACAAACAAUAAACCUCAGUUUCACCUUGGUCGGACAGAAUGUCCGGUGGUUUCCUUUCUACGUCGGACAAUUUCACGAAUGGGUCGGACAAUGUCCGUGACCGACCGAUAUUUUAAAGCCUGAUAUGCAUGUAUUUUUAAUAAAAGGCAACACAAUUUAAGCUAUAUGUAUAUCAGGGCGUAGUUUUGUGAAAGAGGUAAUUACACGCAUCAAGGCAUUAAUAGAAGUUCUCCUGUUUGAUUUUAUAUACGAACUAAGGUUCUUCGCAUGCGUUCAGUAAUUGCUGCCGUAGCGAGCGAGCAUGAAGCGAGCGAGCAAGGCAGCAGACCUAAUCUUUAUGUAUAUGUAUUAUAAUAUAUUAUGCAGAUGAAAUCUCGAUCGUCUCGGCGUAUUUCAGCCUACCACAAUGCACUGCUCCCGGGCCGGCAGGCUAUUCUUGCCUAAUAAACAGGCAUAAGGCAAACAAGGAAUGUGAUCAUCUUUCCUCUUUUCUUAAAAUAAAUAAGGAUUCUUUCCAUCUUUUCUUAAAAUAAAUAAGGAUUCAUCACAUAAAGUGAUAAAUUACCAUGACUUUAAGAACUUGAAUGUAGAAAACUUGCUCGAAGACUUAAGUAAAUGCCCAUGGGAUAAUGCCUUUAUCUUUGACGACGUUGAUGAC